UUCGAUCCGCUGAUGGCAAAUAUCUCAACGUUCCCUGUCGAAGAAAGGCUGGAUCCGGGGGACGCGUAUUUCGUGGACGUAAUCGACACCGACAGCCCAUCAGAGCGGAGGCCGCACGACUUUGGGCACGCCAAUUUCUACAUCAGCAGACCCAAGCCAAGCAAGUGCCAUGUGCCCAGAAUUCUGCGCGCACCGACUAACUACUACCGCAAAGAAUUCUGCGGCCACGGACGCGCCUUCGAGGUGUACGCGCGCAGUGUCAUGUUCGAGAACGCGUUCCCGGCGAUGCGUUGCGCGAGCUACGCGGCGUACAGACAGGGGUUGUGCCGCGAGCCCGAGGAAGCGGUGCCCAUGGGAUUCAAGGCGCCGAACAGCGCCCGCGGCAGCUACUUUCUUUUUAACGAGAAGGAACUCUUCGGUCUGGGAAACGCAGUCGAUGCUACUCUACAAACAUCAAACCAAAUUGGGCAGCGCCGCGCCACUUCGCCGGCGGGCGGAAACCCAUUCCUUUGGAAGCAACUCCAAGAUUUCUUCGCUCCGCCUCGCCGAUAUUAAAAAUACUGAAAGACACCAAAAAUUAUGAAUAGUUAAAAAUGAAGGAUAAAUCCUGUGAGGCAUGAAAAUCUAAAAACAAUUCGAACCGCAUCAUUUUGAAAAGAUUAAAAAAUUAAAAUCAGAACAAAUAUUUAAGGAGCUUCCCAAAACAUUUUUACAUUGGUUUUUUAGGCUAUGUAAAUUUUGAAAAUUGACAGGUUAUUUUAUGAAAAAACCAUGUUGUUUAAAAUCUUUACAAAAAGUUCUUCCAGAAACUCUCAAGUGAAAUUUAAUCAUCAAAAUUACAAUUUGACGACUUUUUAACUUUGUAUUUAUUUUUGCAUAAAUCUUCUCAUUAUAUAAGAGGUGUACAAUUUUUUUUGCUUUUAUAGCUCUGAGAGAGCAGGCGUUUGUUGGUGUCAAUUGUGAGUGUGAAGCGCGUCUGGCAAAUUAAUCAGACGCAGACUGCUGUGACAAAUUGUGUGAUGCUGUUUGCGAGGCAGAUGCUGUGAAUAGUGCGAAAAUUAUUCAUCAGCUCUAGCGUCGCUCGCUCUGUGUAUGUUCAAACGCUAGAGAGAGCCAGUUCUAAAUAUAUGCACGAGAAUUGCUCAGAGUAAACAUAAACAUUUGGCUAUGUGCGCUCUACAUGUAUGUAUAUAAAUGCGGUUUGUUAUUCGGCUGGCAAAUUCUUGUUUGUUUGCACCGUUUGUUAAUGUAUUGUUGUGUAUUUUACCAUCAGCAUGGUCAUUGAGUGUGAACCAAAUUUAGCUCAUUGUGAGGAAAAUUAUUUUCCCGUCUGUUGUGCAAAUACUCAAAAUGCUGGUUCGAAUGAAAAAUUAUUAAAUAAACGUAUAUACAUUAACAAUCAAUAAAACUUGGUUUUCCUGAUGGAUUUUUUUUA